AUGAAUAACGAUUCAAAUACAAUGAUUCUUAAUGAACAAUGGGUUCAAUUAAUUGAAUAUUGUUCAUAUAAAUGUAAUUAUUCAGAUAGUAUUACAAAAGAUAUUGGUAUUGAAAAAUUAUGUCAAGCAACAGAUAUUAAUUUUGGUGAUAAAGAUAAAAAUCAUAAUGAAUGGAUUUUAUCAAAUAAUAAUCGAAAAGAAUAUUUAAUUGUUUCAUUUCAAACACCAAUAUUUAUUAAUGAAAUACAUAUUUAUGAAAGUCUUAAUCCCGGUAGUAUUGUUCAAUUGGAUAUAUUUGAAUGUCAAAGAAAUAAAUGGUGGACAAUGUGGCAACAAAAAUCUCGUACAGAUAAGAAAACAUUAUCUCAUAAUAUAUUCAAACCAAUUUUACGACGUUAUCGUUUUCAAUCAAAUACUAUACGUAUUACACUCGAUCCAAGAUAUACGGAUCAAAUUGGUAUUCAAGCGAUUAGUAAAAUUUGUUUGUUUGCGUUUUGUUUCUUUUUUUUU